AUGGCGUGGAUAAUGUCCUCCUUACUAACAUUGCAAAUUGAGCAGAUUCCACUACUCCCAAAUAGAGAAUCUCUCAUUUGCUCUGGUGGGUCGAACCGGAAUGCCAACACUAUAGCCACGGCGGCCGGUUCGAGCUCGAGACCUGCGGUUGCUUCUUCCUCCGUUCCAGUGUAUGAGGCAGCGGUCCAGCCUGCCGCCUCCCCAUCGUUUGCUGUUGAUCUCGCCGGCAAUGUUGGAGACGAGGUUGGAUAUGAGGAACAUCAUCCGACUGAAGUACAGUGUCCUCCACCGGCUGGUGUUGGCGAGGGAUUGUGUGAUGAUCCAGAUGAUGAUGAAGUCGAGCCGGAUAUUAUCGCUGAUGAAAGCGGCGAUGAUGUUGGAGCGAGUGAUCCGAUAAGGCCUACUGGUGGUUCUAGUUCUGGCACAAAUCAGUACCCACCCCAUUUUUCAUCUUUGGAUCUGGAUGCCAUGAGGCAGGACGAACAUCUUGGGCAGCUAGCUAGAUUUGGCGCUAGAGAUACCGAAGGGUCUGCCGGUAUGACAAAGUUCCAGGUUGGUCAACAAUUCCAGGAUAAAGAUGAGGCGCUGUUGAGUGUCAAGAGGUACAGCAUCCGCCGAGGGGUACAGUACAAGGUAGUUGAGUCUGACUAUCGCCGGUACGUGAGAAAGUGUUCUGAGUUUGGAAAUGGGUGCACAUGGUUGAUUAGGCUGAGCCUCCGACAAUGCAAGGGCAUCUGGGAAGUCAAGCGGUACAACGGGCCGCAUACCUGUCUCGCCACCUCCAUCUCCAGCGACCAUAGGAGCUUGGACUACCACGUGAUAGCGACAUUCAUCAUGCCAAUGGUUAGGGCUGACGCAUCCGUCAACAUCAAGGUGCUUCUAAAUGCAACGGCAGCACACUUUGGCUUCAGGCCUACAUACCGGAGGGUGUGGAUGGCGAAGCAGAAGGCGGUCGUAAUCAUCUACGGGGACUGGGAUGAGUCGUACAACGAGCUCCCUCGGUGGGUCUUAGGAGUUCAGUUGACUAUGCCUGGCACUGUAGCAGUCCUCAGGACCUGUCCUGUUCGAGACGGGAAUUCCAACAUACUCCCUGUAACAUUCGCACUAGUUGAGGGUGAGAAUACUGAGUCAUGGUCCUUCUUUCUCUCCCACCUCCGUCAGCACGUGACACCUCAGCCAGGUCUGUUAGUUAUUUCAGAUAGGCAUAACGGCAUCAAGGCAGCACUUGAGGCACCUGAUGGGGGAUGGCUACCUCCGUCUGCAUACCGGGCAUUCUCCAUUCGACACGUUGCAGCGAAUUUCGCUCUCACAUUCAAGGGCAAAGAUGCCCGGAGGCUUCUUGUGAACGCCGCAUAUGCGAAGACCGAGGUGGAGUUUGACUACUGGUUUGACAUCCUGCGCUCUGAGAAUCCGGCAAUGUGUGACUGGGCGAACCGAAUUGAGUACUCGUUGUGGACACAGUACUGUGAUGAGGGUCGGAGAUUCGGGCACAUGACGACAAAUAUAUCAGAGUGUGUCAAUUCAAUCCUUAAGGGGGUAAGGAACCUCCCCGUGUGCUCGCUAGUGAAAGCCACAUACGGAAGGCUGGCUGAGCUAUUUGUCCGUAAGGGGAGGAAGGCCGAGGCUCAGAUGGGUACCGGACAACAAUUCAGUCAAUACCUAGUAAAGUGUAUCGAGGCCAACCUGAAGACAGCCAGGUGCUUCACGGUGACUGUUUAUGAUAGGGAUAACUCGGAGUACACCGUGGCAGAGACGACGCCAACAGGUUCAUUCUCACUUGGUACCUACAGGGUCUCACUGGGGUCUCAGACAUGUGAUUGUAGAUACUUCCAAGCACUUCAUUUCCCGUGUCCUCACGCAUUAGCAUGCUGUGCUUAUUCACGUCUUACUUGGCAGCCUUACGUCCACCAGGUCUAUCGCCUUAGUUCCGUUUUCGGUGUCUACCAGAUGGGAUUUACACCUCCCAUUCCGGAGGGUUUCUGGCCACCCUAUGUCGGGCCUACCGUUAUACCGGAUCCGAACAUGAGGCGUGCGAAGGAGGGUCGUCCAAGGUCCACACGCAUUCGCACCAACAUGGAUGAUGCAGAUCCAAACCGGCUAAAGAGAUGCGGCCUCUGCAGGCAGCCAGGACACAGUCGUCGGAGUUGUCCUCAAGCCGGACGACACACCGGGACAGUUGGGAUUGAGUAG